UUUAUCAUUUUAUGUACCAAAAGCAGAAGAACGAACAAGAAGAGGAAGAGUUCAAGCUUAAAGGAGCCAAGCUAGUGGCACACAUAGAGCCCACAUACGUCCAUCAAAGCAAAAGGUCUCUCUCAAGCCAUGGCGGAAGAGUUCGGGGCGAGCGGGAAUAUGUGGGAUCUGUCCUCCUCGAGGAAUAGAUUUGAGAGCGGGGCGUCCUCAACUUCCUCUUCUGGGUUGACCUCAAUCGGGGGCUUCGGGUGGCUCACGGACAUGGGGGACAUGAAGCCUAGGUCUUCUAUAGAUCACUCCUCUCCUAACAUCUCGAUUUCAUCUUCGGGGUCUGGGGUGACCUCGGCGGGGUUUCAUCACCACCAUGACGCGCACAACAAGCUGAGCUUGGGAGCAGAAAGCACCAGCAGCUCGAAUUUAGCCGAAACAAGCUUGCACAUGAUGAACUUGGGACUCUCUUCUCAAGCCAUAGAUUGGAACCAGCAACAGCCCUUAUUGAGAGGCGAUAAAGCUGCCGAUAGCAGUUUCCGCUCCAUGCUGCAAGAUAACAUGAGCUCGAACGCUAACUUUCAGGAAGAUGCUGGAACAGGAUCUGGUCAGGUCCAGUGGAGAUCAGAAAACUACAUGUUGCACGGCAUAUUAGGGUCGGAUAAUCAGCAUCAACAUUCUGGGUUCGAGAACCGACCAGUUAAUAAUAGUUAUCCAAAUUAUGCAACGGCGAACUAUGGCCUCUCCACCAACGAUCAGCAUCCCGACCAUCAGUUCUUGCCAUCCAAUUGGUCUAAAGUCCCUCAGUUCCUGAGGAACUCGCCACGGAAGCAGCUUCCACAGCCCCAUGGUACUGGUCAGCUCCACUUCUCCAAUAACGCGCCGUUCUGGAAUGCCACGAGUGGCGCGGCUGCAGUAACUGAUGUUAGACCAAGCUUCUUCCCGCCUGUUCAAGCUCAGUUCCCGACGCCGUCUUUCGAUGAGAAGCCAAAGAAUUUACUGGAAAGGGGUGAUUCGGCUACCACAACGAAGAAAAGUGGAGGUGAAGGAGCUAACAAAAGGCCUAGAAGUGAAAGUACGCAGUCUCCUUUGCCAGCUUUCAAGGUGAGGAAAGAGAAGAUGGGGGACAGAAUCACAGCACUCCAGCAAUUGGUUUCUCCUUUUGGAAAGACUGAUACCGCGUCGGUGCUUUCUGAAGCCAUCGAGUACAUCAAGUUCCUCCAUGAACAAGUCUCGGCUCUGAGCAGUCCAUACAUGAAAACCGGCGCGAUACAACAACAUCAUCAUCAUCAACAUCAUCAGAACACUGACAAAUUGAAAGUCGAUCCUGAAGGCCCUCGACAAGACCUAAGAAGUCGAGGCUUGUGUCUUGUACCACUGUCAAGCACCUUCCAUGUCACCAGUCAUGAGACAAGUCUCGAAUUCUGGAACCCUACCUUUGGAGGGACGUUCAGGUGACUCAGUACGGUGCGGAACUAUGGCUAUAUAUCUACGUUGAGCGAAGCAUCGAAUGCUCUACUGUCUCGCGUAAUCUUUGGAGGAGCAUCAACCAAUGGUAGGGAAAAGAAUCUUUGGAGGAGCAUCAAUCUACGGUGCUUAUUAGUAACCAAUUCCGGAUUGACGGGUGACCUAGCUAGUUCGGGCAACCACUCGCUGAUGCGAGCUGCUAUAGACUUCAACAGCUCUUGGUGACGAAAUUUAACCGGGAAAAGAAUGAAGAAAAGAGGCAAAAAGGAAUGGCCAUCCGAAGGACAGCCAUGAUGGGACCAGGGAGAAGCAUAACAAGGGGCACUAUUGUACUAAUAAUUGAAGAAUCAUGAUUUAGGGUUUGGUUUAGGGAUUUGAAAACAAGUGCUAAUUAACAUAAUUAAAGAUAUGAUUUCUAGGUUACUUUAUAGAACAUUUUGUUGUUAUUAGCUGAUUCUAGUAAAAAGGAAACAUGAUAAAAGGAAGCUUUGCCACUUUUUUUUGUGUACAGAGAGAGUUGGCAUUAGCUUUCACGUUCGUUUGACGAUGGAAAAAAAGUCGACCCCAAAACUACAUGUACCAACUAUUGAUGAAUGUAUCACAAUAUAUUUGGUAAA